UUUUUUUUUAAUUAAAUUUUUUUAAAGUUCAUCAUGACUGAAAUUCGAAAAGAAUUAGUCAGUAAUGUAAUGAAUAAAGCAUAUUCAUUAACAGAUUAUAAUAUUCAAAAUACCCUAGAUAAACAAUACGAAUUUAAAAAAAAAACUGUUCUUGCUGAUAAAUCUCUUACAAAAAAUGAAAAAUCAUAUGCAAUAAAAAGGUUAAAUAAAGAUUCUGAUUAUUAUAAACUUCUUUAUAAUGAAGGAACAAAAAGAAUUUGUGAAAACUGUCAUGAUGAAUGUUUAGCUACGUUAUACUGUGAACAUUGUGUUCGAAAUUAUUUAAAAUCAAAUUUUUCAAAUUGGACAUCUGGAAAUAAUGAUAUUGAUAAUUUAAUACAACAAUGUCAAAUGGAAACAAUUAACCCAGAUAGGAUAGUAGAAUGGAUCCCAUAUAAUAAUUUACAAAAUAUCAAUUAUUUAACUAGAGGUGGAUGCUCUGAAAUUUAUACGGCAGUUUGGACUGAUGGACGUUAUGAUGAAUGGGAUUCAAAAGCAAAACAAUUAGAAAGAUUUGGAAGGAAAAGAGUAAUACUCAAAAAGUUAGAAAAUGUUGAAAGAGCUAAUAGAAGUUGGUUUGAAGAGUGUAAAUCUCAUUUAUCUAUAAGUAGCAAAUGUGGUCAAGUUGUUCAAUGCUAUGGUAUAACAAAAAACCCAUCGGAUGGAAACUAUAUGCUUGUAAUGCAACAUAUGGAUAUAAAUUUAAGAGAAUAUUUACAACAAAAUCAUAAUAAACUUAUAUGGAAGGAAAGAAUUCAAAUAAUUCAUAUUAUUACUUUUGCACUUUUUUCCGUUCAUCAAGAAAAUGCAAUUCAUAGAGAUUUGCAUUCUGGAAAUAUAUUAUUUGCUACUAUAUCUCAGAUAUUCGAAAUUAGUGAUUUUGGAUUUUGUGGACCAGCCGAUAAACCAUUAAAUAGUAUAUAUGGAAAUCUUCCUUAUAUUGCACCAGAAGUUAUUUGUGGGAAACAAACUACUUUUGCAUCUGAUAUUUAUAGUAUUGGCAUGCUUAUGUGGGAAAUUUCAUCAGGACAAUCACCUUUUAUUAAUUUUGAAAAUGAUUGUGAACUUGCGCUAAAAAUAAUAAAUGGAAUGAGACCAAAAAUAGUACUAGGAACUCCUUUAGAAUAUAAAGAAUUAAUGGAACAAUGUUGGGAUGCUGAUCCAACAAAAAGGCCCGAUAUUGAUACUCUUGAUGACAAAAUAGGAGAAAUGAAUAGAUUAAAUUAUCAAAAUGAAUUAAAAAAAAAUAAGAGUAUAGUUAAAAAAUUAUUUGAAAAAAUCGUAUUAUCUAAAUCAAAAGCAAAUACUGCUCCAAAAAUAAAUGAAAUAAGUAAUUUUGAAAACAACAAUACAAGUAGCAGAUUAUUUACAAAAGAACAAGAAGCAUUUCACAGUAAAACCUAUAAUUAUAACAUUCCUUAUAAUAUUGAUAAUUUUAUUAACAAAAAUAAUGAUAACGCAUCAAAAUCAAUUAACAUAAUUGAAGACGAUAACAAAGAAUUAUCUGAAGUGACUGAAAUUAUACAGAUAAAUUAUUCAAAUAGUAAUAAUGUUCAAAAUGAUUAUAAAAAAGAAAUCAUACAACAAGUAAAGAAGCAUAAUUUUGAUUAUAUUGAUGACGAAAAUGAAAUCUAUAAUAAUCCAAAUCUUCAUUCGGAAGAACAGGAUGAAUUAGUAAUUCCUGAUGAUGGAUUCUAAAUUAUUUUAUUAAAUCUCAAGAUUCUAUUUAUUAUUUAUAGUAUAUUCUGAAUUAUUUAUUUAAACACUAAGAAUAGAGUAACAAUAAAUCUCUUAGUUUGUAAUUUGAAUAAUUCAUUUAUGAAUAAGAAGUAUCAUCAUGUUAUUAUUUGUAAAAAAUGUGUUACGUUACAUCUGAUGAUUAUAAUCUGAAAAGUGUUAAAGAUCAAUAUUAAAGUUGAUUUGGGAAUCAGGCCAUAUAAUACGUAAAACACAUAAUAAGCGGGAAUAAUCUGUUUAAUUUAGAAGAAUUUUAUUCGUAUAAGACUAACAAAUUAUUAAUAUUGAUUCAGUAUAAUUCAUUGUUUGUUUAGUACUUUAAUUUUAUUCAUAAAAAAUCACGUCAA